UCUUCAUUGGCCGGCGCGGGGCGGAGCGUGGCCGGGGCGGCGGCCAAGGGAGACCCGCGUGCCGUUCACGUGUCCUGCGUUCAGACGGGGCAGGGGCCGGCCUGGCUCGGCUCGGCCCGGCCCCCUUCCGGGGCGGAUGGGCGGCGGCGAGCUGCGGGCAGCCCUGGGCGGCGGCGGCCGGGGCGGCGCGGCGCGGGAGGGUCGCAGCCUCGGCGGCCGGCGGAGAUGAUCCCGCCAUGGCUGCGCUCCAGACGUCGGGCCCGGGGCAGGAGGGCGGCGGGGCGGCGGCGGUGGCGGCGGCAGCGGGGCUGGACCGCUCCCUGCAGCACAUGCUGCGCGCCAUAGUGGAGGAGCGCCGCCGCCUCGCCCUCGGACACGACGUCGGCGGCCUCGGGUGUUUCAAAGAUGACCGCAUCGUGUUCUGGACAUGGAUGUUUUCCACUUACUUUAUGGAGAAAUGGGCUCCUCGGCAGGAUGACAUGCUCUUCUAUGUCCGUCGAAAGCUGUCCUAUGCUAGUGGCGAUAACACAGAUGGGAAGAAGCAGGUUGAAGUUGAGGUUUACCGUAGGGAUUCUAAGAAGCUGCCUGGCCUGGGGGAUCCAGAUAUUGACUGGGAAGAAAGCGUCUACCUGAACCUCAUCCUGCAAAAGCUGGAUUACAUAGUGACAUGUGCUGUGUGUACCCGUUCAGAUGGAGGGGAUAUUCACAUCCACAAAAAGAAAUCCCAGCAAGUCUUUGCAUCUCCAAGCAAGCACCCGAUGGACAGCAAAGGGGAGGAAUCCAAAAUCAGCUAUCCAAACAUAUUCUUUAUGAUAGACAACUUUGAAGAGGUGUUCAGUGACAUGACUGUUGGGGAAGGGGAGAUGGUGUGUGUGGAGCUGGUGGCCAGUGACAAAAGCAACACCUUCCAAGGAGUCAUCUUCCAAGGAUCGAUCCGCUAUGAAGCUCUCAAGAAGGUCUAUGACAACAGGGUAAGCGUUGCUGCAAAAAUGGCGCAGAAGAUGUCCUUUGGCUUUUAUAAGUACAACAACAUGGAAUUUGUGCGAAUGAAGGGGCCGCAGGGAAAGGGUCAUGCAGAGAUGGCAGUGAGUCGUGUUUCAACAGGCGAUACUUCUCCCUGUGGAACAGAGGAAGAUUCGAACCCUGGCUCGCCUCUGCAUGAGAGAGUCACUUCCUUCAGCACUCCCCCAACUCCUGAACGCAACAACCGCCCCUCUUUUUUUUCCCCAUCUCUCAAGAGAAAAGUGCCCCGGAAUCGAAUUGCUGAAAUGAAAAAAUCCCACUCAGCCAAUGAUAGUGAGGAGUUCUUCAGAGAUGAUGAUGAGGGAGAUCUGCACAAUGCCACAAACCUCCGGUCGCGGUCCUUGUCUGGAACUGGAAGGUCUCUUGUGGGUUCGUGGCUGAAGCUGAACAGGACGGAUGAAAACUUCCUACUCUAUGCACAUUUAACCUAUGUCACAUUACCAUUACAUCGAAUUUUAACAGACAUUCUGGAAGUGCGGCAGAAACCGAUUCUGAUGACAUAACAGAGAGCUUGGCACUCCCUUGGAAACCCUCGCUGCCAAGUGCCUAAAACCAACCAACGCCGCCACCACCAUCUCGUGUCAGGAGUUUAACAUUACACUGGAAAAAGGGAUGUCUUGGAAUUACCAGCCAGCCAAUCAAGAAGUGCCUCUUCCUUCUUUCCUCCCUCUGCUGUACAGCUUGUGCGCUUAUUUUAAAAAGACUUUCAAUCUGCAACUGGCAGCAAACUGUCACACCACCACAACCGUUGGGGCUGUGUUUAAGGAGAAAAAAAAUAUACUUCAUGAAGAAUUUGUUGCAGUAUUUACAUUGUAACUUGAAAUAAAGCAACAGGGACGGAAUGUAUUAAUCCUUAUAUACUUUAGGAGAAAUGUCCGUAGGAUUUUAUACUGUACCAAUGAACUUGAUUUCAUAAACUGUUGGGAACGUACCUUCCUUAUUGCAUAACAAAGCCGCUUUGUGUGUGCGUAUACAGUUGAAAUGGUAGCAGAAUAACAUAACUGUAAAGGAAAGUUAAGGACUUGCCUAGAGGGCUGUUUGGCACCAUAUCAGGUUGGAACUUGACAGAUUAUUUUUGCGCUUCUCUCAAUGGAAUUUUUUUAAGGUUCAUGGUGCAAAUUGAUUCUCUACCAAAGAACAAUGCAAACUCCAGCCAGAAGGGUCCAAAGGAGCAAGAUGAAUGCUGAAGAACCAUAUUGGGCUAGUUGUGGUUUGGUUGUAGGACUGGUAGCACUUCUAGCUGUACAUCUUCCUCUAGGGAGGAUGCACAAAGUAGGAAAACAUGAAGAACUAUAGUACCAAACCCCUGGAGGUUGUGGUCAGUUCCCAUGCCCUGAAUUAGUGGAAAUUAAAGCGCCUUGCUGAU